AUGAAUACAUUUUUGGCAAUUUAUUGUUUCGCGGCUGUAUUUAGCUCAGCCAUGGCAACGGAUUAUUGUUCAGACUCGAUUUGUCAAGGAAAAGGUGGCUCCCAUAUAGCUUGUGAUCAUGAUGGAGAAUUCUCUUCCUCUUGCCCAAAAGAUGCUGAAAUGGUUGAUAUGACUAGUUCUUUGCAAAAACUUAUCGUAGAUAAGCACAACGAGAAACGCAACAUUAUAGCUGGCGGUGAAGAUGAUGAUCUUAAGCCUGCUUGCCGCAUGGCCACCAUGAAAUGGGAUGAUGAAUUGGCCUCAUUGGCUGAAUAUAAUGUUAAGCAGUGUAAAAUGAAUCAUGAUGAUUGUCACAAUACCGAUAACUUUAAGUUUUCUGGACAAAAUCUGGGAUCCAUAGGUUUUUCAGGCAGUAAGAAUGAUACCGAGCAAAUAACAAAAUCCAUUGAAUUAUGGUUUGAGGAAAAGAAAGAUGUCGAACAAUCAAUUAUUGAUGAAUAUCCUAAUGACUAUUCAGGACCAACCAUUGGCCAUUUCACUGUCAUGAUGGUUGAUCGUAACACUCGUGUGGGUUGUGCUGCUGCCACUUAUUCUAAGGACUCUUAUAACAAUUAUUUGUUGGCUUGCAAUUAUGCCUCCACCAAUAUGAUUGGUUUCGCCAUCUAUGAAACUUGCGAUAAGGCCGCCAAUUCUUGUGAAUCUGGCCCUAAUUCAUCUUAUGAAAAUUUGUGUUCUUCCUCGGAAUCUUAUGAUGUCAAUAAAUGGCAAUAA